AUAAUUACUGAGAGAGAGAGGUAGAGAGAUUAUUACUGAGAGAGAGGGAGAGAGGGAGAGAGGAGAGAGAUAAUUACUAUCUGAGAGAGCGGGAGAGAUGGCUAGGGCAGGGUUAGGCUACGUCGUUGAGGUACCAGAAUCAGAGCUGAAGCACUGCGUAGCCAAAUAUAUAGAUACAGGGACUGCAGAGACACACCGUUUGUAUCUAGCUCGCCGUACAGUUCUUGAAAUGCUUAGGGACAGAGGCUAUGGCGUUGACGAUGGUGAGAUUGAGAUGUCACUCGCUGAGUUUCGUACUAAGUUUGGUGAGUCCUUGUCCCAGAACUUGCUUGAUCGGCUGCGCUUCUCUGCUUCUCGCGUCUCCAGCCCUUCUCAAAAGGUUCUGGUUGUUUUCUGUGGGACAGAUGAAAUCAGAAAGCAAGCAAUGAGCACACUUCUGCUCCAGUUUAGUCAUGAUGGUUCUCGGCCCCGGAUAAUAUUAGUUUUGCAAAACAAAAUGAACUCUCAUGCUCGGAAGCUAGCUGCGGAAUCAUCCUUCCAGAUUGAGACUUUUCUUAUUACUGAUUUGCUGGUUAACAUCACAAAGCAUUUGUUGUUGCCAAAGCAUGAAAUACUUACUCCUCAGGAGCAGCAGGACCUUCUGAAGAAGCUUGAUGUGAAACCGAGCCAGAUGCCCCGUAUAUUGGAGACUGAUGCAAUCGUGAAGUACUACGGAUUGGAGAAGGGCCAGAUUCUGAAGGUCACUUAUGAAGGUCCUUCAUCAACUGGUCCAUUUGUCACUUACCGUUGUGUAAUGUGAUGCCAUCCUCAUUGUCGUUGCACACCAUUCAGAUGGUUAUGCACUCUUUUGCAAAAACAAUCUUAGCUUCAACAUGUUUCAUGACAAGCUUGUUUGCUGUUGGUCUCUGUUUUAUACUUUCCAGGUUUUUGUUUGAUAUUUUCGACUUGUUAUCUGGUAUGUUGACAGAAUCACAUCUAUCUAUCUGCAAGAUGCUUGUUUUAAUAUGGUUUUAACUUCAUCCUAGAUGGAUUUAUGUGUACAAGAUUGAGAGGUUCAAUUGCGGGGUUUUAUACUUGUGUGGUUCUUAGACCAUCUCCAAUCAUAAUUUUAUAAAUAAAACAUCUUCAUCUUUAUUUUCA